CCAUCUUCAUCCAAUAAUUCAUUAUCUUUUCAUUCCCAACAUGAACACUUCACUUUCCUCUGUUUUUCUCUUCCUAACAAUCUUCACUUCCCUUCAAUUCCCUUCAAUUCUCUCUCGCAAGUUAACACCAUCUUCCUAUUCCACUUCCAUCUUCGAUGUCUCUGCCUCCACAAACCAAGCCCUAGAUGCCCUCUCCAUUAAACCCAAACCUCUUCAAAAUCAUUCUCACCUUCCAAAUUCCCCUUUCUCUCUGCCAUUGUACCCUAGAUUGGCCCUUCAUAACCCUUCUUACAAGGACUACAAUACCCUUGUUAGGGCCCGACUCACUCGUGAUGCCGCUCGAGUUCAAUUCCUUAACCGAAAUCUUGAGCGCUCUUUAAAUGGGGGUACUCAUUUUGGUGAAAGUAUUAAUGAAUCUCUAAUUGGAGAUUCAAUUACUGCUCCGGUUGUUUCGGGGCAAAGUAAAGGGAGUGGUGCUGAGUAUUUAGCUCAGAUUGGGGUUGGUCAGCCUGUGAAGUUGUUUUAUUUGGUGCCUGAUACUGGUAGCGAUGUCACGUGGCUUCAAUGUCAACCUUGUGCUAGUGAGAAUACUUGUUAUAAACAAUUUGACCCUAUUUUCGAUCCGAAAUCAUCGUCUUCAUACAGUCCUCUGUCUUGCAAUUCUCAACAAUGUAAGUUGCUAGAUAAAGCCAAUUGCAAUUCCGACACAUGCAUAUACCAAGUCCACUACGGUGAUGGAUCAUUCACAACUGGUGAACUCGCUACCGAAACACUAUCGUUUGGAAAUUCAAAUUCUAUUCCUAAUCUCCCAAUUGGUUGUGGGCAUGACAAUGAAGGCUUGUUUGCUGGUGGAGCUGGUUUAAUAGGCCUCGGUGGUGGGGCCAUUUCCCUUUCUUCCCAAUUAAAAGCGUCAUCAUUUUCAUAUUGCCUCGUCAACUUAGAUUCAGACUCAUCCUCCACUCUUGAGUUUAACUCAAACAUGCCCAGUGACUCGUUGACCUCUCCGCUCGUGAAAAACGAUCGAUUUCACUCGUAUAGGUACGUCAAAGUCGUUGGAAUAAGUGUUGGGGGAAAAACUCUACCAAUUUCACCGACAAGAUUUGAAAUUGAUGAAUCGGGAUUGGGAGGAAUAAUCGUUGAUUCUGGUACAAUUAUAUCUCGACUACCGAGUGAUGUCUAUGAAUCAUUAAGAGAGGCAUUUGUGAAGCUGACGAGUAGCCUAUCACCGGCACCAGGGAUAUCAGUGUUCGAUACAUGUUAUAACUUUUCAGGUCAAUCGAAUGUGGAGGUCCCAACAAUAGCAUUUGUGUUGUCGGAAGGAACCUCGCUACGACUACCUGCAAGAAAUUACUUAAUUAUGUUGGACACAGCAGGAACUUAUUGUUUGGCGUUUAUUAAAACGAAAUCUUCACUUUCUAUAAUUGGUAGCUUCCAACAACAAGGAAUACGUGUUAGUUAUGACUUGACAAACUCCCUCGUUGGAUUCUCAACUAAUAAAUGUUAGUACCAUAAACUUAUAAUAACUCAUGUAACACCACGUGGGAUUAGAAUUUGGCUUUAAUCACAUUGUUCUAAGUCAAUAAAAUAUUGUUGUUUAUCAUACACAUGGGCUUUGCCUAUGAAAGUCUUAAUUUAGUAGUGUGUUGAACUAAGCAAAAAUAAAACAAAAACAAAAAAAGUUUCUUUCUUCGUA